CCUCUCGACUCCAGGGCUGCCAACUUUUCCCCCCAGUAUUGACCUGUUUUCUCCCUCCCGGUGGCGCCCUGGAGCACCGGAUCACCUGUAGUCUACCAAGGCCAGCCAGGAAUUUAGGGAUUUCACAUGACGCCCAAACUGUCGCACGUGUUCCCUGAGUCGUGCAUGUUGAUCGUGUUGGGCAUCGUGAUCGGCCUGCUGCUCUUCUACACGCAGGCGGCUUCCGUGUCCCCGCUCACCGCCGACGUCUUCUUCCUGUACCUGCUGCCUCCGAUCAUCCUUGACGCUGGCUACUUCAUGCCCAACCGCCUUUUCUUCGAUCACCUGGGUACAAUUCUCGUCUUCGCUGUCAUCGGCACCAUCUGGAAUGCUCUCACCAUUGGUAUCACCAUGUACGCAAUAAGCUUGACUGGUCUGUUCGGCGAGAGCAUCCCGGUUCUACACAUGUUCCUCUUCUCCUCCCUCAUCUCCGCUGUGGACCCCGUCGCCGUUCUCGCCGUCUUCGAGGAGAUCCAUGUCGAGGAGGUCCUCUACAUCCUUGUCUUCGGAGAGUCGCUGCUCAACGAUGGUGUCACUGUGGUGUUGUAUCACUUGUUCGAGGGGUACAGCGAGUUGGGAGAAGACAACAUUAUGUUGGUGGACAUUGCCAGUGGUGUUGCAUCCUUCCUCUUGGUCGCCCUCGGAGGCACUGUCAUUGGCAUCAUCUGGGGUUUCCUUACUGCCUUUGUAACCAGGUUUACCAGCCAAGUGCGUGUAAUAGAGCCCAUCUUUGUGUUCGUCAUGUCCUACCUCGCUUAUCUUAACGCUGAGAUUUUCCAUCUGUCUGGAAUUUUGUCGAUCACCUUCUGUGGCAUUACCAUGAAAAACUACGUGGAGCAGAACAUAUCUACCAAGUCCCACACAACCAUCAAAUAUGCAAUGAAGAUGUUGGCAUCAUCCUCAGAAACUGUCAUCUUCAUGUUCUUGGGAGUUUCCACAGUUCAGAGUAAACACGAUUGGAACACCUGGUUUGUGAUCUUCACGAUCUUCUUCUGCUCUAUAUACAGAAUCCUUGGUGUAUGGAUUUUCAGUACUAUGUGUAAUCGAUUCCGUGUGAAGAAAAUUGCCUUUGUGGACAAGUUUAUCAUGUCGUAUGGUGGGUUAAGAGGUGCUGUAGCCUUUGCACUGGUGCUGACCAUCAACAGUCACCACAUCCCCCUGCAGCCCAUGUUCCUCACUGCCACAAUUGCCAUGGUGUACUUCACUGUCUUUAUCCAAGGUAUCACAAUCAAGCCACUUACUGAACUGCUGGGAGUGAAGAAGGCUGAGAAGCGAACACUCACCAUGAAUGAGCGACUUCAUGAGAGGUCAAUGGAUUACAUCAUAGCAGGCAUUGAAGAUGUCAUGGGCAAGCAUGGAAACAUUCAAAUCAGAAAUAAGUUCAAGCGGUUCAACAACAAAUACCUGAAUCCCUUCCUGGUUCGUGAGAAGAACGUUGUCGAGCCUAAGUUCCUGGAAACCUACAGCCAAAUCAAGAUGCAAGAGGCUAUGAAUUACAUGGCCACUAAUGGCAAUUCACCCAGCAACAUCGAAUCAUUCACCACUUUACUGAGAAAUGCCACCACUCAUCCACAAAACCACCAAGGGGAGUGGAACCUUGAUGUUGGAGAGCUGCAGUACAACCCCACUGUGAGAGACAUGAAUGAUGCCAAAUUCCACCAUCUCCUUUCGAAUGACUACAAACCUGUAAAGCGGCACCGUGGUUCAACUUACAAGCGUCAUGCAGUGAAGGAAGACGAUAUACAGACACACACAGAUGUCACCCACCAGAACAUGUACCUCCACACACGCCAGUUUGUUAGUAACACCUGGAAGAAUAACAAAAAGACCCAAAAACCAGAUUAUGACGGAGAUCAGCUCAAGCCCGAGCAACUACCAGCCGUACGGUUCUCUGAAAUGGUUCAGUUUUUUGACAAUCUGGAGAGCAUCAUCCAGACAGAGAAUGGUGUUGUGAAGCAGAACAAGGGUCUAGAGGACACCCACUCAUCCUUCCAGAAGAACGGAUCAGCAAUAAAACUUAAAAGUGACUACAUGGCCCACGUGUUGCGGGACAACCCUGCCUUUGAAGAUGACGAUGGCAUGAUGCCCUACGACUACAACUCUGAUGAUGCACCAAUCUUCAUCAAGCGAAAAUCAACACGAGGCCCUACCAUGGCAGAGACGGCAUUACCAUGGAAAAGAUACUCAGAUGAUGAUGUUCCUACAUCUGCACGGAAAGUGCAACGAUCAAUGAGCAUCGCACCAGAUGAAGAGAGUGCCACACCCACGAUGGCUGAGGUUAUGCUCCCUUGGAAGCGACCAGAAGACGAGGAGGUAUGCGACCGACCUCUCAAACAAUCAGAAUUCCCUGCCUGGGCAUCCAAUAAGGAAUAUGUGUGCUACAACUCUCCUUCCAAUACUUUCCUUGGUGGCUUAGGAAAACAUGAAUCGUACCCUAAUGUCCGUGAAAUAUUUGGGAGACGUGCCAGCAGCACGUCCCUAUCCUCCCGCCGUGGUUCCUUAAAGGAGCACCCCAUGGCCCUAAAGGAAAAGUCUUCUUCACGUAGUUCUCUUAAAGAAAGGGUUCCAUCACGCGGUUCCCUUAAAGAGAGAACCCCUUCACGUGGUUCUAUAAAUGAACCUGCCUCCCCUAUAAAUCACCAGGACAUACUGAUGAAUGUGCGUCGACAUUCAACCACAGGAGAAAAUUCACUGUUAAAUACCAUCAUUGCAGAGGAGGAAGGACGGCGUUGUGACACAGUUAUUGAGAUAAAUCAAAAUGGAGGUCGGGAGCAGACACGAAUGUAGCAUGACCCUUUGUAGGUAUAUAAAAAUUUUAUUUUAAAUGUGCAUAAUUAAUGAAUUUUUAAAAAAAAAUUAUUUAGUGUUAGUAAUGUACAUUGUCUGAAUUUCUUUUAUGUAACUCAUUUCAUAAAAGUGAGCUAAUUGCUGCAGUGUUCAGUGGAAAAACCUUUACUCUUUUAGAAUACUGUUAUUUGUAGUACACAUGGUGUGCAUAGUCAUUAUUUUGUAUACAUUUCUUCUGGAAAGUGUAUCCAAUCAAAAAUUCUAUAUCCUCAGACAAAUUUCAAGUGCUGCACAGAACUUUUGACUAAAACCUUAAAUGCUUUCUGUAGUGUCUAUAAUUAGGACCAAUAGUUCAGAGACAUUUGAUGACAGAUUCCUGAGAAAAUUGUGAUGCAUAUGGAGUAGUACAUUUAAAGCCACCCAUCCACCCCUGGAAUUAACUGCAAAUUAAAAAAAAUUCUGUUCAUAUUUUAUUAAUUGCUUGCUGUCCUUUUAACAAAGAAGUGAGAAAGAUUUUACUUUCCUGUAAUAUCUUGUGUUUUAAAUAUUCUUAUCCUUGUCUAUGAACAGAAUUGAUAUUAUUUGAAGAUAUUUCCUGGUGGCAUAUCUCAUUCUAUAUUUUACCUACCUAAGCUAUGAGUGUUGUCAUGCUUGUUGACAAGUGUCUGGGCUGUAUGAUGGCAAUUAUGGUGUAAUUUUCUUUGAUAUUUAAAGUAGCAUCGCAUUACUGUACUAUUUUGAAUGAAGGUAUUACAAAAUUACUAUACUGUACUCUAUUCCUCUGCUUUAGAUGGGGAAAAAGAUGAAGUUGUAAUGAUAGUGAUUUUUCUAACUGUACUACAUAACACAGAGUUAUGUGAGUGAAGUCUUAACUAUGUUUAAAAUAAUUGGUAUUUACUGACUGAGGUGUGUUGUUUAAGAAGCUGCAGGAGACCCAUUGGUAAAACUCAUAAUUCAUUAGAAACUUGUGAUACUUGUCUGUUGAUGACAGCUUUUUUCAGGUUUUAUGCAUCAACUAUACAGCUAAUUUUCCAAAAGUCAAUGAAAUGAUUUUAAAACUUAUAAGUGUAGGAUGUAAGACAUUUAAUUUUAUUAAUUACCUGCUAGGUACAUGUACUGUAUAUAAGAGAUCAGUGAAUAAGAUAAGAAUUUAACCUUUGCUGAAUACCGGGGUAUAUAAAAUAUUAUACUCAUAUUACAUUGGUUUGUUAUAUUGCCUAUAAUGUUUAAACAACGAUUGAUUUUUAAGAUACUGUCUUGUACAGUACUUUUUAAAAAUCUUCUGUUGCUUUGUUUUAAGAUUACCAAUUUUGAAUAGCAGUUUGUUAUAUUAAGCUCAAGUUAUUCCUUGAAAAACUUUUGUGACAACAAUAAACUCUGGUGUAUCAGUAGCUUAAACAUGCUUCUGUGACAUUGUGGUAAUCACAAUGAAGUAAGUCAUUCUU